AUGUCGAAUUCACCCUCCUCCGACUCCAUUUCAGCAUUGAACCCAAAUGCAAAGACUACACAGGUCAAACUUGUACUCUUAGGCGAGGCCGCUGUCGGUAAAUCUAGUUUAGUGAUGAGGUUUGUCAAUGAUGAUUUUCAGGAAAAUAAAGAACCAACUAUCGGUGCCGCCUUCUUAACACAAAAAAUUGCGUUGGAAGAUAAAACAAUUAAGUUUGAAAUUUGGGAUACGGCUGGUCAAGAGAGAUUUCAUUCUUUGGCCCCGAUGUAUUAUCGUAAUGCUCAAGCUGCUGUGGUGGUAUACGAUGUCACGAAAGCAGCAUCUCUUGAUAAAGCUAAAUCUUGGGUAAAAGAAUUACAACGUCAAGCAAAUCCAAAUAUUGUUAUUGCUCUUGCCGGUAAUAAAGUAGAUCUCGUUCAACCAGCUGGGGAAGGGGAAGAUGAAUCAAUGGAAAAUGGGAGACAAGUUCCCACCGAAGAAGCAAAAGCGUACUCGAAUGAGACUGGUUUGUUAUUUUUCGAAACAAGUGCGAAAAAAGGGGAUGGUGUUAGAGAUAUCUUUAAAGAAAUUGCCAAAAAGAUUCCUCUUGAACAUCAUAUUUCCAAUCGAUCAUCAACACGUCCAGGUCCUCACAGUCAAGCCAGGGAAAUAAAUCUAAUGCAGCAAGGGAGUCCAACCAACAGAGACGGAGGCAGUUGCAAUUGUUAA